GACACGAGCGCAAAUGAAUGUUCAUCUGAAAGGUCGGGACCUCCUUACUCUACAGAACUACACAGCUGAUGAACUGAAGUAUUUGCUGUGGAUAGCAUCAGAUUUGAAACAAAGGAUAAAGCACAAAGGAGAGUAUUUGCCUUUGAUGCAAGGCAAAUCUUUGGCCAUGAUUUUUGAGAAGAGAAGCACAAGAACAAGAUUAUCUGCAGAAACAGGAUUUGCUCUCCUUGGAGGACAUCCUUCCUUCCUUACAACACAAGAUAUACAUCUGGGCACUAAUGAGAGUCUCACAGACACAGCAAGGGUGCUGUCCAGCAUGACAAAUGCAAUCUUGGCUCGAGUUUAUAACCAUAAUGAUCUGGACCUAAUGGCAAAAGAAGCCACCAUCCCAAUAAUCAAUGGAUUAUCCGAUUUAUACCAUCCUCUUCAGAUUUUAGCUGAUUACCUAACUCUUCAGGAGCACUACGGAGGGCUGAAGGGGCUCACCAUCGCCUGGAUCGGGGACGGCAACAACGUCCUGCACUCCUUCAUGGCGAGCGCCGCAAAGCUGGGAGCGCACCUGCGGAUUGCCACUCCCAGGGGCUUUGAACCAGACCCCAGGAUAACUAAAAUAACCGAACAGAACUCCAAAGAGUGUGGUACCAAGCUACUUCUCACAACAGACCCUUUGGAAGCUGCAGACAGUGCCAAUGUCUUAGUUACAGACACAUGGAUAAGCAUGGGACAAGAAGAGGAGAAGAAAGAAAGGCUAAAGGCCUUUCAAGGUUAUCAGAUUACAAUGCAGACUGCAAAAUCUGCUGCUUCCAACUGGACUUUUUUACAUUGUUUACCCAGAAAACCUGAAGAAGUUGAUGAUGAAGUAUUUUAUUCUCCACGGUCAUUGGUUUUCCAGGAGGCUGAAAACAGAAAAUGGACAAUUAUGGCUGUCAUGGUUUCCCUGCUGACAGAUUACUCACCACAGCUACAAAAACCCACAUUUUGAUGCUUGGAUUCCUGCCAGGAGAAAAAUAUUCCUCAUCAGCAGAAUAUUCUGGUCUGCAAACACAUAGAUCUUCUUCAGAAAGGACCAAGGCAAUGAGUGAUUUUUUUAAUAAAACCAUGUAGUUAUCUGUAUAAUAUUGCACUACACUCGUGAAAAUGUUCAAGACUAUAAACACCAUUGCAGAAGCUGCUUUUCACCUGGAUGCUCCAAGCUGGCCCUUCUUUUUAGGGAUCAGCAUCAUGGAAAACAUUCCAAGGUUGUACCUUAAUGGCUGGGUCUGCCAGCAGCAUAGGCACGAUACAGUCUACAUGUAGGUGUGGUGGGGCUUGCAUUGUGUGAUAUUGAUGCCUACAUUAAUAUAUAUAUUCACAUAUUUGUAGCUUUGUAGAUUUUUAGGAUAUAGUUGUAUAGCUUCUAGUGCUUUUCCUGCCCUCUUUCACAUUUUAGGACAAUAAGCUAACCCUUUCUAACGCACUCUUGAAAUUAGGUUUAGUCUUAUUCUCAAGAAAGGAAUUUCUAACAAGGACACCUUGUUUUUCAACAGAAUUUGAGAGACAUAACAACAUAUAGGACAAACAAACCCCUCCAGAGGGGCAGACCCAGGGAUGGGUUACUGGGGCAACUGGUCUCCAAUUGGAUGUACCUGCUAGAUGUACUAAUAAAUUAU